CCAGUUUCUAGGUAAUGAUGGUGGGGUCUUGGCUGCAUGUAGGAAUCAACUGGGAAAAGGUUAAUUAGAAUGGCCUCUAAGCAUUUUGUUGAAUAAAUUUCGUAGAUUACCCUUCUACUGAACAGAUAAUUUUUCGUGUAGGAUUGCUAACUUGAGAAAACAGUGAAUUAAGCUCCUCGAAAAUGUUGCGCUUUUAGUCUCACUAAAACGAAACACCACUAAAACGAAAUAAUGAGCUAGGUUAGGGUUAGGGAUAGAGUUAGGUGCCACGCCCAUAUUGACUACUGUUGUUUUAGUGGGACAACAUGCAAUCGUGUCGGAUCCUUUACCUUUUGAGGGGCCUAAAAUGGCAGUUGCCUAAUAAUUGGGUAAAGGAUCGUAGCAGUGUUGCAUUAUUAUUGUAAGUAUUGAAAUAACUUUAUGACCAGUCGAUCUUUACCGAAUAUACACAUGUGGGCUAAAAAAAUUUACAUCAUGAAUGAAGAAGACCAGAGUAGUGUGGCGAAUGAGAGUGGCUCUGAAGACAGUGAAGCAGAGGGCUUUAUCCAGAAUGAACUGUCGGACAUUCCGCUAGGAGAGCUGCAGGCUCUCAGAGAGAAAAUUGGCACAAAAAAGUUUGACAUAGUGCUACAAAAAUCUCGUGAGGAGAAAGAAAAGCGGAGCUUCAAGCGAGUGAACAAGAACAGACCUAGUGAGGUGUCGUCCAAGAGGCCAGUGUCUCGCUACCGGGAGGUGAUCCAUGUUCCCAAGGCGGAGAGCAGCGUCACAGACCCACGUUUCAAUGACAGGGCGGGGAACCUGAACCUCGACCUUUUCAAGAAGACGUAUUCAUUUGUGGAGGAUAUAAAGAAGAAAGAGAAGGAAAAAAUCACUAAAGAGGCGAAGAGAGUUAAAAACCCAGAAAGAAAGGGACAGCUAAAAAAGUUAUUGCAGAAAAUGGAGUCCCGUGAGUUGGCUGAGCAGAAACAGAAGGAGAAAGAUGACCUCAUGAGAGAGCACAAGAAGAGUGAGAGGGAAAGGAUGAAGAGUGGAAAGAAAGCGUUCCACAUCAAGAAAUCCACUCAGAAGAAGCUCCUGCUGGCUAAGAAGUACACUGAACUGAAGAAGUCUGGAAAGCUAGACAAGUUCAUUGCUAAGAAAAGAAAAAAGAAUGCUAGCAGGGAUAGGAAACAGCUACCUUUCAAGAGAACUGUGUGACUGUUGGAGCAUAGUUAUGAUAAUUAUUAUCAUUUGUAAUUAUUGUUGUUUGGUAUAAUUUUCAUGCUGUUUCAAUAAUCA